AUGACUGAAACAGAUAAGAGUAUUCCCGUUCUUGGCGACAUCGUCGAGCGAUCGGUGGGUGGCGUUGAGGACACUGCCGAUGUCGCACACAAUCGAGGCUCAUUGCGCCCCAUUCAGGCAGUUCUUGGUAGGCCAUUUCCAUCCCUGCGGUCAAAUCAUUUUUACGGUCUCCACACGAGCAGCGAGCGCCACCAUCUGCACGACGGUGCCCCUGCUACUACCAAUAUUACUACUACUACGGCUUCUGCUGCUCCAGGCGGGUUCACAGCACACGUUCAACCGACGCUAAACGAUAGCGGCGACCAAGCUGGGAUGUGUUUACGUGAAGGUGUGGGCGGCCUCGCAUCCAUGGCGCGCCAGCAUCAGUGGGAGCCGAAGGAGUUCGAUGAUUUGGAAAAAGGCUAUUACGCCGUACCACUGUUCUCUAGCACGGGUGAGCCUGCAACAGCAGAAGGCGCGUCCGACGUGGUUCACGGCGAGGCGUACGUGGAAUUGUUGCUGCGGUUUCUGUGCAGCACCGUCCGCAAGCAUCGCGAGUGUGCUACUGCAGCACUUCUGGAGCGCCUCGGUGUGGACUCUAAGCUGCGGGAAAGGUGUGCCUUCGGCCCUGGAUGCGCGCAACUUGUACGCUUCAUCAUCAUGGAGCUUUCUGCUGGACACGCGGUGCCCUGCAGUACUUCUGCAGAGUGCCUCGUCCACCUUUUCUACAACGCCACGGCAGAGGUGGUGGAGGCAACCGGCGAGAUCGGCGCUCCACCAACGGACCCUACCGCGUCCUCGAGCGACACGAAAGGCACCACCGCCGAUGACGCGACCUUUGCGGAGCUCUCUGAGUGGAUGCGUAGCGGUGAGGACAGGUCGCUUACGAUGGAGCGGCUGGGACUGACGGUGGCCGUCAUGGACGCGCUGGGCCUGCUGCCACCGUCGCUUGCCGCGCGGCUGCUGCUGGGGAGCGGCACACCGUCGC